AUGGAUCCACAGCAAGCGGUCCCCCUGGGACCUCGGAAGAAGAGGCCCAAGCAGACAGGCACCUCAGUGGCUGCCACGCCUCAUGACAUCAGAUUUCAAGACUUGGUCCUCUUCAUUUUGGAGAAGAGAAUGGGAACGACUCGAAGAGCCUUCCUCAUGGAGCUGGCCCGAAGGAAAGGGUUCAGGGUGGAAAGCGAGCUCAGUGAUUCUGUCACCCACAUUGUGGCAGAGAACAACUCAGGAUCAGAUGUCCUGGAGUGGCUCCAGCUCCAGAAUGUCAAAGCCAUCUCUGAGCUUGAACUCCUGGACGUCUCCUGGCUGAUUGAAUGCAUGGGAGCAGGGAAACCAGUGGAGAUGACAGGGAAACAUCAGCUUGUUGUGAGAAGAAAUUCUUCCCCGAGUCAUGCUCCAGGCUCCCAGAACAUUCCACCACCUGCUGUGCAAAAGAUCUCCCAGUAUGCUUGUCAGAGAAAGACCACGUUAAACAACUGUAACCAGUUGUUCACGGAUGCCUUUGAUAUCCUGGCUGAAAAUUAUGAGUUUAGAGAGAAUGAAGGCUCUUGUGUGGCAUUCAUGAGAGCAGCCGCUGUACUGAGAUCUCUGCCAUUCCCCAUCAUCAGUGUGAAAGACACAGAGGGGAUUCCCUGCCUAGGGGACAAGGUGAAAUGUAUCAUAGAGGGAAUUAUUGAAGAUGGAGAAAGUUCUGAAGUCAUAGCCGUGUUAAAUGAUGAACGAUAUAAAUCCUUCAAACUCUUUACAUCUGUGUUUGGAGUGGGGCUGAAGACCGCUGAGAAAUGGUUCAGGAUGGGUUUCAGAACUCUCAGUAAAAUCAAGUCAGAUGAAAGCCUGAGAUUUACAAGAAUGCAGAAAGCAGGAUUCCUCUACUAUGAAGACCUCGUUAGCUGUGUGAACAGGGCAGAAGCAGAGGCCAUCAACGUGCUAGUUAAAGAGGCAGUUGCGGUGUUUCUUCCAGAUGCCUUGGUCACCAUGACUGGGGGGUUCCGCAGGGGUAAGAUGACUGGGCAUGACGUAGAUUUUCUAAUUACCAGCCCAGGAGCCACAGAGGAAGAAGAACAACAACUCUUGCACAAAGUGACAGACUUGUGGAGACAGCAGGGGUUGCUUUUGUACUGUGACCUCAUAGAAUCGACAUUCGAAAAGUUCAAGCUGCCCAGCAGGAAGGUUGAUGCUCUAGAUCACUUCCAGAAGUGCUUUCUGAUUUUGAAGCUGUACCACCAGAGAGUGGGCAGUGAUGAGAGCAGCCAGCAGGAAGGAAAGGGCUGGAAGGCCAUCCGUGUCGAUUUGGUCAUGUGCCCCUAUGACCGCCGGGCCUUUGCCUUGCUUGGAUGGACUGGCUCCAGGCAGUUUGAGAGAGACUUGCGGCGGUAUGCUACCCAUGAGCGGAAGAUGAUGCUGGACAACCAUGCUCUGUAUGACAAGACCAAGAGGGUGUUUCUUGAAGCAGACAGUGAAGAAGAGAUCUUUGCCCAUCUGGGAUUGGAUUACAUUGAACCAUGGGAAAGAAAUGCCUAAGAAUGAGUUGUUGUCGACAUUGCUCUCACCAGGUUAGACAAACCGUGCUUAGCAAAAGAUGGCUUAGGAAAGUCUAGGAUUCUUUAGGCCUCUGGGAAUGCAGACAGCAAAUGCAUCUUAUGUGUAUGUACUAUGCAUAGAGAAUAUUCUAAAGCAACCUUGGAGGCUUGGUAAGCCAGCACAUGGCCGUGGGUCACAUUCUCAAGCUGUCUGUCCCACUGCUGCGUAGAAUUCAUGGUCAGUUCUUUCAAUAAAAAUGGUACUGUCAUUGGCGCUUCAAUCAGAAAAGUGCACCAAAGCCCUCCUAACCCCCGUGUGUCUGGA